AGGCGGGCUGGGCGGGUUCGGCGAGCGCCGCGGCGGUUGGCGACGCGGCCGCGGAGCAGCCUCGGCGGCGUGAGGCGCGGCGCCCGCUGACAGAGCCCCCUCUUCCGGCCGCGCCGCCGGGAGGCGGGUCCCCGGGGCCCGCGGCGGCGUCCUCCGGCCCGCUCUCCCUGCCGGCGCGUCGAGCGAGCGGCCUCGAGGAGGCGGAGGCCGGGGCGGCGGGCGGAGGCGCGCGCCCCCCUCCGCGGCCGCCGCGGCGGGAGGACAAUGGAGGUGGCUGUGGAGAAGGCGGCGGCGGCCGCGCCGGCGGCCGGCGGCGGGGAGAACGAGGCCGAGAGCCGGCAGGGCCCGGACUCGGAGCGCGGCGGCGAGGCGGCCCGGCUCAACCUGUUGGACACUUGCGCCGUGUGCCGCCAGAACAUCCAGAGCCGGGCGCCCAAGCUGCUGCCCUGCCUGCACUCGUUCUGCCAGCGCUGCCUGCCGGCGCCGCAGCGCUACCUCAUGCUGCCCGCGCCCAUGCUGGGCUCGGCCGAGACCCCGCCGCCCGUCAGCGGCGCGUCGCCGUUCGCCACGCAAGUUGGAGUUAUCCGAUGCCCAGUUUGCAGCCAGGAAUGUGCUGAGAGACAUAUCAUAGACAAUUUUUUCGUGAAGGACACUACUGAGGUCCCCAGCAGCACGGUCGAAAAGUCUAAUCAGGUGUGUACCAGCUGUGAGGACAAUGCGGAAGCUAAUGGAUUUUGUGUAGAGUGUGUUGAAUGGCUGUGCAAAACAUGUAUAAGAGCUCAUCAGAGGGUGAAGUUCACGAAAGACCACACUGUCAGACAGAAGGAGGAAGUAUCUCCAGAGGCAGUUGGUGUGACCAGUCAGCGGCCAGUGUUUUGUCCUUUUCAUAAAAAGGAGCAGUUGAAGCUUUACUGUGAGACAUGUGACAAGCUGACAUGUCGGGACUGCCAGCUGUUAGAACAUAAAGAGCAUAGAUACCAAUUUAUAGAAGAAGCUUUUCAGAACCAGAAAGUGAUAAUAGACACAUUAAUCACCAAACUGAUGGAAAAGACAAAAUAUAUAAAAUUUACAGGAAAUCAGAUCCAAAACAGAAUCAUCGAAGUGAAUCAAAACCAGAAGCAAGUGGAACAGGACAUCAAGGUUGCCAUAUUUACACUGAUGGUAGAAAUCAACAAGAAAGGGAAAGCGCUACUGCAUCAGCUGGAGAGCCUUGCAAAGGACCAUCGUAUGAAACUUAUGCAACAGCAACAGGAGGUGGCUGGACUUUCCAAACAGUUGGAACACGUCAUGCAUUUUUCUAAAUGGGCAGUUUCCAGUGGCAGCAGUACAGCAUUACUGUAUAGCAAGCGACUGAUUACAUACCGGUUACGGCACCUCCUUCGUGCAAGGUGUGAUGCUUCCCCAGUGACCAACAACACCAUCCAGUUUCACUGUGAUCCCAGUUUCUGGGCUCAAAAUAUUAUCAACUUAGGUUCUUUAGUAAUCGAGGAUAAAGAGAGCCAGCCUCAAAUGCCUAAACAGAAUCCUGUCAUGGAACAGAAUUCACAGCCAUCAGGUGGUUUAUCUUCAAACCAGUUAUCCAAGUUCCCAACACAGAUCAGCCUAGCUCAAUUACGACUCCAGCAUAUGCAGCAACAGGUAAUGGCUCAGAGGCAACAGGUGCAACGGAGGCCAGCACCUGUGGGUUUACCAAACCCUAGAAUGCAGGGGCCCGGCCAGCAGGGGCCCAGCCAGCAGCCUUCCAUCUCUCAUCAGCAGCCCCCUCCACGUUUGAUAAAUUUUCAGAAUCAUAGCCCUAAACCAAAUGGACCAGUUCUUCCUCCUCAUCCUCCACAGCUGAGAUACCCUUCGAGCCAGAAUAUGCCCAGACAGGCACUAAAGCCCAACCCCCUGCAGAUGGCUUUCUUGGCCCAACAAGCCAUAAAACAGUGGCAGAUCAGCAGUGGACAGGGUGCCCCAUCAACUGCCAGCAGCACCUCUUCUACCCCUUCUAGCCCUACCAUUACUAGUGCAGCAGGAUAUGACGGAAAGGCGUUUGGGUCACCCAUGAUUGAUCUGAGCUCACCAGUGGGAGGUUCUUACAAUCUUCCUUCUCUUCCAGAUAUUGACUGUUCAAGUACAAUUAUGUUGGAGAACAUUGGGAGAAAAGAUACUAGUGUAGAACAUGGCCAGCCAAGACCACCCUCCAACAGGACAGUCCAGUCACCAAAUUCAUCCGUGCCAUCCCCAGGCCUUGCAGGACCUGUCACUAUGACUAGUGUACAUCCCCCAAUUCGUUCACCUAGUGCCUCCAGCAUUGGGAGCCGAGGAAGCUCUGGCUCCUCCAGCAAACCAGCAGGAGCAGAUUCUACACAUAAAGUGCCAGUGGUCAUGUUGGAGCCGAUCCGAAUAAAACAGGAAAACAGUGGACCACCUGAGAAUUACGAUUUUCCUGUUGUUAUAGUGAAACAAGAAUCUGAUGAGGAAUCUAGGCCUCAAAAUACCAGCUAUCCAAGAAGCAUACUCACUUCCCUGCUCUUACACAGCGGUCAGAGCUCUGCUUCCGAGGAGACUGUGCCGAGAUCCGAUGCCCCUGACAGCACAGGAGAUCAGCCUGGACUUCAGCAGGAAAGUUCCUCAAAUGAGAAGUCUGAUUGGCUGGAUGCAUCCCAAAAGUCCCCUCUUCAUGUUGGAGAGACCAGGAAGGAAGAUGAUCCCAAUGAGGACUGGUGCGCGGUUUGUCAGAACGGAGGGGAACUCUUAUGCUGUGACAAGUGUCCCAAAGUAUUCCAUCUCUCUUGUCAUGUGCCCACUCUGACAAAUUUCCCAAGUGGAGAGUGGAUUUGUACUUUCUGCCGAGACUUAUCAAAACCAGAAGUCGAAUAUGAUUGUGAUGCUCGGAGUCACAGCUCAGAAAAACGGAAAGCUGACGGCCUCGUGAAACUAACCCCAGUAGAUAAAAGGAAGUGUGAACGCCUACUUUUAUUUCUUUAUUGCCAUGAAAUGAGUCUUGCUUUUCAAGAUCCUGUUCCUUUAACUGUGCCUGAUUAUUACAAAAUAAUUAAAAACCCAAUGGAUUUGUCAACCAUUAAGAAAAGACUACAAGAAGAUUAUCCCAUGUACACAAAGCCUGAAGAUUUUGUUGCUGAUUUUAGGCUUAUCUUUCAAAACUGUGCUGAAUUCAAUGAGCCUGAUUCAGAAGUGGCCAAUGCUGGUAUAAAACUUGAAAGCUAUUUUGAAGAACUUCUAAAGAACCUUUAUCCAGAAAAAAGAUUUCCUAAGGUAGAAUUCAGGAAUGAAUCUGAAGAUAAUAAAUUUAGUGAUGAUUCGGACGAUGACUUUGUGCAGCCCCGGAAGAAGCGCCUCAAAAGUAUCGAGGAACGCCAGAUGCUUAAAUAAGCCGCACCAUGCAUUGGCAUGUGGCUGGUUUUAAGAUUUGUUUUCCAAAACACUUGUCAGUAAUUGAACAUCAAUACAAACAGGAGUUUGUGACCUCUCUGAUCUCUUGUCUUUGAUGUUUGGUAGACUUUGAUUUCCUUAAUAACCUAUUUCUUCUAACCUCUUAUUAAAAAGAAGGAAAUGGAUGGCAUGGAAGGAAGAAAAUGUUCUAGCAAGGAAGGAAGCUCAACAAUAAGACAUUCUCAUUUCACGGAUUUCAGAGCCUCCGUCUGGAGUGAUAGCUACUAUAGAAAGGAAAUAGACUUUGUAUGGACUCUGUGUUGAAAAUUUAAUGUGGUUUGAAUGUGUGCGUUAGUCCAUGUUUAGCGAAUUAAUACCACUGCCCAUGAGUUAUGGCCCAAACACGAGUUAAACAUACUUUUCGUAAGAGCAGUACUCAUGAACUUUCAUGAGUGCUAAAGCGUUCUAUCCAGGAUGGUGACUGGUACAACAGAAGGGUAGAUUAGAUGCUGUUAAGAUGGCACCUACUAGUAUGUCCAUGUAAGAUGGCAAUUGUAUUAAAAGAUCAGGAAAUCCAGUGUUUGAUUUCUGUUUUUAUCGUGUCUAUAGAGGUGUUUGUUAUAGCAGAUCUUCAAGGCCUUUUUACAUACAUUUCUAGAUUAGAUUUUCUUCAGCUUCUACUGAGGGAAGUUAAGUGUGCACAUGUUGGGUUUAGCUGUGUUGUCUGUGUGGUUUGUUGUUUGUGUUAGCUGCGCAGGUGUGAUCCUUUUAAAACAAACCUCAUUGUUGGCAGUAUGGCUUUCAGUAAUUCUCAAAAUACAAUGUGCACCGUAUGUGAUGUGAAGUUUGAUCAACAUAUCUUACUGGGCAUUAAAUAUAAGUUCCUGUGAAGGGGACUAAUUUUUGUGGUUUUCAUCUGUCUUGAUGUUUGGAAUGAAAAUGUGUUGUAGGAUUUGGGAGCAGACAAUUAGGGGAAAUUAUAAUGAAAUUGUCAUUUUAUUUCCUGAGGUAUCCAUCUCCCACCCCACUCUCUUUAUUUUUAUUUUUUAUUUUUUUUUAAGAAUCACAGUCUGAACCUUAAUGUUUAAUCUGACUUUAUUUUGAAUUCCAUUUUCCUGAUACAGAAUCUUAUCACCUCAGAACAGCAUAUUAAUGGGCCAGGCUCAGCUGGUUUAACUGACAUACAUUUAUUUCUUUCAUGUACUCUGUUUUCUAGGAUCUGAUGAACUGUCAAAGGAGGAAACUAAAUUAUAGAAGAAAAUUGUCAUAAUAAUUCAAAAUUUGACAAUAUACACAUGAGUAUUUUUAGUUUGGCAAAGUAUACACUUAGUAAUAAAACAUUAUAGUUAAUAUUUGACUGGAGGAAAUAUAGAGUAAAAAUACAGCUGACUUGAAUGCUCUUCUGAAUUUAUCACCUCCCUUGAAAGAAGCACAGGACUUGCUUUUAUCCAAAGGGCAUUGCUUCUGAAAUGAACAUGUUUGAAAAUAUUUUGCAGAUAAUUCAUUGGGUUUCAGGUAUUGCUAAGCUAAUUUACUAGCAAUAUUUCUAUUUUUGUAUAUACUUAGAUCUUGUGCAUAAUGUCACUUAUGUAUUAGUUGUUAAAAAGACUUACUUUCCCAAGUAUGUGUUACACUGUGAGGAGUACCAUCUUGAAUAUGCAUUUGACAUUUAUUUUCUAAAGAUGGUUUGAACAAAUUUUUUUUUUUUUUUUUUUUCUUGUAGCAUUUCAGUACAGCAUUCAUGGCACUUCCGCUAAUAAGUUUAUUGUUGGCAUUGUUUGUUCUUCCAUGUUUUUCUCCUGAAUUAAAACCAAGCAAUAUGGGUAAAUUAUUUUGAAAAUCCACAAAGGGCAGUUGGGAUUAGGAGAGAAAAAAAUUUCCUGAAUGUGUCUGAGCCAGAAUGUCUACUAACCUGAAUUAUCAGUAUUAUCUUCGUGCCACUUUCUUUUCUGAAACAGUAUUUGUUUUACCCUUAGAGUUUGCUAAGUGAAUACAGUUAAAAGCCAUCUUUCUUGUAGUCAUAUGUAAUAUAAUCCUAUUAAAAGUAAAUUGCUCUGUU